GCUGGGCCUGAACGAGCACCACCAGAAUGAAGCGAUCAACUACAUGCGCUUCGCUCGUUUCAAGCGUGGCCUGUGUCUCAAAACAGUGGAUUCUUGUUUUCAGGACCUUAAGGACAGCAGACUUGUUGAAGAGACCUUCACAGUCGAUGAGGUGAUAGACAUGCUGGAUGGACUGCAGAGUGUUAUACACAGCGAAGUGGAGUCAGAGCUCAUAAACACAACUUACACCAACGUUUUACUUCUGCGGCAGCUCUUUUCACAGGCUGAGAAAUGGUACCUAAAGUUACAGACAGACGUCUCUGACUUGGAGAAUCGAGAGUUGUUGGAUCAAGUUGCUGAGUUUGAAAAGUCAGAAUUUACAUCUUCGAACAAAAAGCCCAGUGCAGAUCCUGUUAAACCAAAGCUGGCUCCAUUAAAUGAAGGUGGGUCAGAGCUGCUAAACAAGAGAGUUGCUCAUCUCCAAGAAGAAAAUGAAAAACUGAAGACCAGACUCAAGACCAUAGAAACACAGGCUACAGCUGCACUAGAUGAGAAGUCUAAGCUGGAGAAGUCGCUGAGGGAUUUACAGAUGAUCCAAGGAGAUCAGAAGGUAAAUAUAAUUAAGAUGAAUGCAAACCAGGAUAUCACUGAACUGGAGAAUAAAGUGGCAGCUUUGAAAAGCCAGUUUGAGAAGACUUUGAACGACACAACUGCAAACCAAAAAUUCUUGGAAGAGGACUUGGUGACAACAAAACACAACUUGCUUAGGGUUCAGGAUCAGCUCUCCGCAGCUGAAAAGGAACUGGAGAAGAAAUUCCAGCAGACAGCUGCCUAUCGCAACAUGAAGGAGAUUCUCACUAAGAAGAAUGACCAAAUAAAGGAUCUGCGUAGAAGGCUUUCCAAAUAUGAGUCAGAGGACUAA